GGUAACAACAUGCUGUGGCAGCAGUGAGAUAAACACAAAAUCUGUCCCAUAAUGAGAACUAAUCUGCUUGUGCUGAGCUGGUGCAUUAUUAUCCAGGACACUUCUGAGACACCCCCCGCCCCCCACUCAGCAGCAGAAAUAUUUUCCUUGAGUAUAGGUUUUCUUCUAAACAAGCAGCAGACAGAUUUUAGUCCCUUAGUCUUCAAUCUGCACAGAUUAAUGGGAGGAAGGGCAAUCCCUCCCACCCCCAACUUUAACUGGUUGGACUUCAUAGAAGUAAAUAAAUACCAAGAAAGGAAUUUGUUUUCUAGCUACUGCUGAGCAGUCUCUUACAUCUGCUGAAUUGUUACCAUUUUUUGGAUCUCUUUUACAUGCCCAGUGUCUAACACAGAAGAUUCCAUUUUGUUGUAUUUGGAAAUGAAAUUUCACUUUUUAACAUGAUUUGUCCCUCCCGGGUUGGAUUGCAAACCAAUCUGUCUGGCACACCUCUGACUUCUCCCUGCUAUUAACACAGGCCAUCAGAUUUUUACUACUUCUGCUCUGGGAGAAACCCAUGUGAGACCUCUCCCUGACCAUAAAGAAAAAUAUACCAACACGCUACCUGAACCUCUUUUCUUGCAUCCUGCGUAUGCACCUACAAAUCUGGUGAAAACGUUCAAGAUCCUGAAAAGUAGCAUAUGCGUUGCUUCCUGUUCCAUUUACUUAAAAACUUGAGUUGCUCAAAAUCCAUUUUAUGUUUCAGCUUCUCGCCUGGCCACUGCCAUUUCAAUGUGCUACAGGGGGACCCAGUGAAGCGGAGGAGGUCAGUAAAAUGCGCUAAGAUUAACCAGGCAUAUUUCCUCCGGCUCACCCCACACCCUGAAACGGGAUGCUGCCUGCUGCCCAUGGCUUUCCGGGAUAUGAACGCAAGAAGACAUAUUGGACUUCAGCAACUCUCAUCCUUAGCGUUAGCUGGAAGAACAUUAUUGGGGCCAAUGAAGUCAUGUAAAUUCAUUGUGGAUGAAAGCACCAACCAAAGCACAUUGAUUGGUUCUGCUGUGAGACUGAUUGAAAGUUUGGAUUUAACUAGCGCUGCCGGACAGCUUCUUAAUGAAACCAUUCAGGCACAAAACAAAGAGUUUAAGACUGGGAUGAGCACCCUGUUGUUUCUUAUUGGUGCAUGGAGCAAUGCCGUACUGGAGUGCCUCCAGCAGAAUGUUCCUGUUUCAGCAAUAGUAUCUGUGAUGUCUGAGGGCUUGAACUCUUGCUGUGAGAGAGUCCAGUGUCUUCAAAUAUCAAUACACGAUGUAAAUAAAGAGCUGUGUUCUAGCAGUGUUAGGCCAAAUGCUUUUAAAAGCAAAACUUGCCAAAUUGGACACGACAGUCUUCUAAAUCCUCAGAUUUUCCUGUAUUUUCAGAAAGAUAUUUCUGCACCAGAAGAAGUAAUUCCAAUAAGUUCUUGUUCCUAUCAAGAAGAUGGUUGUAAUUCUAACAAGUGCCUGGUUUCACCUUUGGCUGGCCUUGGUUCAAUAGCUUCUCUUGUCAAACCAGCGGGUGACAAAAGUACAUCUGUGAUUUCUGGAAGUGGUGUUACCACAUCCAGCUGUAACAAGUUAACCCAUAGCAGAUACUUCAGCACUCUAGGAAAAAGCCAUUUUUCAAGUCAGCAAGGUAAUUUUCAGGGAUACUUUUCAGGACAAUCAGCAGAUCCAUGUGAAUGUUACGGUUUCGGACACCUGGCAAUGGCUCUGAGCCAUGGAAAUCAGGCUAGUGUGAAACUGUUACAAAGCGUUGUUGCGUACCAACAAGAGAGAGCAGAAUGCAGUGGCUCUUCCCAGUUUAACAUUGCAGAAAUUGUGACGUGUUGUUUACUGGGCCUGCCUGAAAACUAUUCUUGUGUCUCCCCAGGCUUUGUCACGUUAGUAUCAUCAGAACAAGCCACAGUUAUUAAACACUUUGAAGACAAACCCCUUCGGAUUCUGCUAAUGGAUGGUGACCUAACUGAACAAUAUCGUCACUUAGGUUUUAAUAGACCGUGUAACGUAAGGACCAUACUGGAGCAUCCUAGCCUGUGGGAAGGCAGAGCAGGGGACUUGUGGCUAAGCAGUAUGUUAGAUAUUCUGAUAAACUUUGAAGUAAACUUGGUUUUGGUCAAAGGAAAUGUGUGCAAAAACUUAAUGGAAAGAUGCAUAGCAAACAGUAUAUUGGUAAUUGGUUUUGUGACUCGGGAUGUGUUGCGUGCCUUUGGGGAGGUCACCAGCACCCAGCCAGUGACAUACCUCACCCAGCUGAAUGCAUCUUGUGUGGGGAGUGGAGCCCAGGUGGAGCUGUGGAAGGCCUGCGAUGGGCGUGCAAUGGAUCUGGGUGAGCUUGUGCCGGUCAGGAUAAAAGUACAAGGAAUUCCCCUGCUCACGGCCGUGCUUACCACCGCUGUAGCUUCGAAGAUGCAGCUCAUUGAAGACCAGUUCUGGACUUUAGUGUAUCGACUCCAUCAUGCUUUAAAUGACAAGAAUGUUUUUCUUGGUGGUGGUGCAGUGGAGCUCUUGUGCCUUAGUCACAUUCAGAUGCUUGCAGAACAGCCUUUACAGCCAGCAAAUAAAAAUGCUGUGAAAGAGUUUCACAAUCCUUGGCUGGCAGCAUCUGCGACAGAGUAUAAAUCAGUUGUGCUCCAAGCAUUAGCAAGUGGCUGGAAGCAGUAUCUUUCAGUGGUUAUGUGUAACACUGCAAAAGCUGCAUCGGAGUUGGAAGCGUGUACCACAGUUGAUCAUCACCUCAAAAAAGCAGCUGACUGUGGCUCUCCCUCAGCAUAUAUAUUGAAAGAGUUUAGAAGAGGUGAUCUGCUCAGGGGCGGUUCUGGUCCCUUCGCUGACCACGGAGAGGGUUUAAAGGUUUAUGAUAAUGUUACAGCCAAGAUGGAGGCGUGGCGGAGAGCUCUAGACUUGGUGCUACUAGUGCUUCAGACAGAUGCUGAAAUUAUCUCGGGUCCCAAAAGGAAUCAGCUAUUGAACUCACAUAUGUCAAGUGAGUUUAUGUUUUUAUAGGACUUGCAGGCUUUAUUUAUAAGUCCGUGAGUCAGUGGAAGAAGUCCAGGUGCAACCUACAUUUCUUCAUAGUUUAUAAAGCAAACAUUGAGAUUUGGUUAUGACUUUAGAGUGUAACAGCGGAAAUCAGAAUGUGAGACAGUCACAAGGUAAAUAUAAUUUCCCAUUUCUAGAAAUGGGAGUUAAAUAACAAACAAAAAUCACUUGUGGGCUUAUCUCCAACCCCAGCCAUGCGUUUCUAACUAUUGAUAUUGUCUGUAUGGAUAGAUUAAUCCAGUCAAACUGACUAAUCUUAUUUAGCAGAGCAGAUGUGCAGUUCUUUUUUUCAUUAUAAUGAGGAGCACUGGGCAGGUGGGUACAUGUCAAGUCUAGUUGGAGAAAAGUUUGAUUCCUUGGAUAUGCUUGUGUUCUGAACAUGUGCUGCCUGUAUAAGGUAUUUGGACUUGUGUUCUGUAAAUUAUUCUUGUUUAAUGUCUUUUAAGGUCUUCUAAAGAAGGGUAGGGAUUUCUUACAUAACAUUGGCAUACUUGUGUUAAAUGAAAGAAUAUAUAUAUAUAACGUAAUUAAUUUUUAGUUAAUAUCUUGCUCUUAAUUUCUGUAAGUUGCAAAUGUAAGAUUUAAAGUUGCAAUAAUGACCGUUACAUUUUACGCUGUGAGAAUGUAUUAGUAGAUGCUACUUUUGCAUAUUUAUGUGGGCUAUAUAUCUCCUAUUUUCAAAUAUAUACUCUUUGGGAUUUCUGUUGUUUUGACAUAAAUUCAGGCUGAAUCCUCCUUUUUUGGUAUUACAGACUGGAUGUAUCUCUAAACAAAGUUUUCUUUUACAUUGCGAGUUGGAUUUUUAGGUUAUUUCCUUUGGGCUCUUUCAGUUACCCUUGCAGAGAGGAAAAUGUUGUUGUAUGUUUUAGCUGUUGGCUAAAAACUGAAAAUGAAUCUAUCAUGAUGAUUGAGGCAAGGCAUUUUUACUGUGUUUCAGCACUUAACAUUUGAAAGCAGAUCCAUGGAGAACUGGCACUUUGUUGUAAGAAAGAGGUGUGUAACCAUGGAGAUAUUUUUUCUGAACUUGGCAUUCCGAAUCACACUUAAAGUGAAAUGUCUCACCAGUCCAGUGAAAACAGCAUGGAAAAAGGAUGGAAAUGGUGAUACUAAAGCGGAUUCUUGCUUUUAGGAACUUUUUCAUUAAAAUGCUAAUGGCCGGUGGUACUUGGGUUAAGCACUUCUUGUGAUUGCUGGUGCUGAUGGCAGACGGUCCUUUUGUGGUGAAAGCCAAGAAUUGGGGUGGGUUGAAGAGUGUUUUCUGAGAUGUGAUUUAGUGGAAAGGCAGACAGAAAGCGAGUGGUUAUUUUACUGUUAGAGCCUUCACUGCUACUUAUUUACUAUUUUAAGUGGAUGUUUUUUCUUCUGGACUUAUUUUCCUUGCUGUAUGUCCUCACUGCAGAAGACAUCUUGGGAGAAGAGCCAUCAGCUGCCUCAAACCCCCAUGACCACUAGCAGUCCCCCAGUCGACUCGUACUGAGCCUUAACACAGUUCUCUGUCUCUGCGCCCUGUUGGAGUUGCCCUUUUCUCCUGGGAAGGCCCUUCCCUCUACCUGUGCGUUUCAUGGUGCCUAAUUGCAGGGGGCUUGAGUUAAUGAAAACGAAAGACAGUUCCUAAAAUGCUUCCCAUGUGGUGCUAACACUUCAGCACUAUAUCCCAUCAUCAUUGUCAGUAGAAAAUUAUCAGAUACUGUGAAAUAUCUACCUCUCUCAUGUCCUCCAAUUUUUUUUGUUUCCUUUGGUGUCUUCAUCCCCAUAACACAUAAUUCCAUAACCUACAAUGCAUUCUGCUAAAAAUAGCCCUUUCUGAGACUUGCUUACAGCUUAUGGGUCUCCAUAGCUGGGAGUUUCCUGGAGAGGUGGGGUAGGCUACUGAGGUUCUAAAUUAACCUUAAGCAUGAGAUGAAAUUGGGAUCCUUAUGAACAGCUUUUGAGUGUUGAACCAACCAGAAGCCCUAACUUCAUUUUUAUGAAGAGAAGAAUCCAUCUAAAUGCAUUUUAUCCUGGAGCUUUCUUCUAUGCUAAUAUAUGUUGUAUGAAAUUAUAUACUCGGAUCUUUCAUAGAGCUGUGGUUCACACUAGGUGAAUAAUUGCUAUAUUCAGUAUAUAAGGAAAAGAAAGACAGAGAUAAUGAAAUUCAUCCUCAAAUAUUGUUUAGAUACAUAUAGGUAUACAUGUGUAUUAAAGUAGUGUUACACAGUGUAUUUUCAAAGGUUUCAUUCUCCUUGCUGAAUUGCAUAUUUUUAUUUUUAUAUUUGUAUUUUACUCGCGCGUAACUGCAAGGCUCUUACGGAGGUUAAGGGAGCAUAUUAAUAGCAGUUGCCGUUUAGAAAUAUGAGAAAAACUUUUCUUUGUGUAGAAAGCUAUGUUCAUAGUAUUUAGCCGUCUCUGACUUGAAACUGUAAAUAUUUUAGUUUUCUAACAAACUGCAGGAUUCAGUGGAUUUUGGCAAAAUCUCAUCAGUACUGUAGGGGUUUAUAAUUUUAAUUUGAAACAGUAGUUCCUAGCAGCAUAGGGAUCUAGCUAUAUUCAAGUUUUGAUCAUCCUGCAAUUAUAUUUUCAUUAUUAAUCAGUUGGCAAGUGAUGUUUAACUGCUUGGCCACACUCAUGGUGUACUAAGAGAUGAGGGAGAAAGUUUGGUAGAUCAAAAGAGGCAGAAGGAGCUAGUGGCUCUUAGGUGGAAAAGAAAUGGAAAUGCAGCAUAUAAAUAAAUAUAUAACAAACUCUGCUGCUCUGCAAGUGUUUGCAGCUCAUGUUUGGCUUUAUACUGUUUUUCUUGAACCUCCUGUACUGAGCAUUGCAUAAUCCCUGUUCCCAAGAAAAGAUCCAGUUGCACUUUAUUUGAAUAAUAGAGUUAAGUGGAUUAUGGAAAAAGUGCAUACAUGAAUUGUAUUGAGGUGGUCCAAACAUCUAUUUAUAGGGCUCUUAGACACUGAGAGCUGACGCACCAAAUGUUGAGAAAAUCCAAAAUGAUGUAAUUUUUCCAGUCAGGCUUUUAAAAAGCACAUAAUGAUAGAUUUAAAUAUUGUGAUGCAGAGGUUUUCUAAAAAGCUGUCAGACAUUAUAUUUUGAUUAUUUAACACUUGGUUUUCUACAGGCCAAUGAAAUGGAAAAUCUUAUAAACUAGCCAGAUACUCUAUCCUGGAUUACUUAAAAUUAUUUCUUUGAUAUGCAUAGAAGAUUAACACGCAUGCUGUCCUCAAGGCAUGCUCCUUCUGCAGUGUGAAAUACAAUAUAAACAUGUGGCUUCCUCA